UACAACUGAUCAAGCACAUGGAGUGACUCCGCUUCACCUCGAUUGAGGCCACUUUUAAAAUUGUUUGCAGCUUGAGAGCGACAAGAUUGUAGCACUAUCCUUAAAAAAUAUAUUUUGAACAACCGAAGAGUUAAAAAUCACCGGCAGCUCAUAUGAGCUCGAAGGGAAGCCGAAGUAAACGCACCAAAAAUGUGCGAGAUUUGGAGUCUGGUGAUGCGCCUUCACUAACGCUAUCAAUAAUCGACGAGCAGCCAAAUAUUAUACCUGCCGGACGACAGUUAGAGAGGACACCUCCAUCUAAAAGUGAAAGAGUAACAACAAGGCCCCCCAGCAAACCAGAUGGUUCUCCAACAUCAGAACAAGUGGUCAAAGAUGAGCCAUGCGGCCAGGAAAUAACCAAAACCCUUAGCAAUGGAUCAAAUGAAGUUCUCCUGCACCCUAAAGUUAAAGAUGAGAGGAAGUCGGUCAGGGGGUCUAGUUCUACAGCUGCUUCAGCAGCCCUUGGGAAUCCCGAUCCUGAAACCUUUAUCCAGGGAAUGCAGGGAUACAAAUGGACAGACACAGACCUGGAGUUUGUCUAUCAAUCCAAAUGGAAAAAGCGAGUUCAACAGGCGCAGCAAGAGUUAAGCGAAUUGCAGAAAUCUUUGAAGAGCAUGCAACAAAUGAGGGACAUGGGUCUUGCUGCGCUCAACAAAAUACAAACGGAGCUUUCUAAGGUCACGUCGUGUGAAAGUUUACAGCAGAUUUCCAUGGAAAUACUUAGGAGGUCCCAGAGCUCUAGUCAGCUGGAAGGGCUUGAUCUUAAAGCUCUCGUUGCCAAGCUAAAGGUUGCUGAUGUGCUCUGCACUACUGCUGAGGAGAAGGCAGAGGUCAGCAAACUCAAGACAGAGCUGAAAAAAGCAGAAGUAUCGAGAGGAAAGGAAGAGCAACUCAUUAAGGACAUUGACAGCUAUAAGGAGAACAUCAAGCAAAUCAAGGUAAACGUAGAUACAAUGAAAGCAGAAAUAUCUGCUCUGGAAUCCCAGCUGUCCGCUAAAGAGGAGAUGCCACAGUCAGAUAAACCACGGCAAAAAGGCCACAGAUUCACCCAACCCUCUACUGCUCCUAAAUCCCCAAAACCCCAUUCAGACCACAAACGUCCUACCUCCCCUCCUGCGGCAAAAACCUCCAAAGCUCCUCCUGCUUCAAAAACCUCCAAAGCUCCUCCUGCUCCAAAAACCUCCAAAGCUCCUCCUGCUUCAAAAACCUCCAAAGCUCCUCCUGCUCCAAAAACCUCCAAAGCUCCUCCUGCUCCAAAAACCUCCAAAGCUCCUCCUGCUCCAAAAACCUCCAAAGCUCCUCCUGCUCCAAAAACCUCCAAAGCUCCUUCUGUGCCAAAACCUCCUGCCACCCUAAAAGCCCAGACUGCCUCCAAAACUACCACCACCCCAGAAGCCCUGGAAGGUGAUGUCAGUGGGCUUCGGCGCUCUAAAAGAAUUGCUGGUAAAAAAAAAUAGUGAAGAAUCUGCUCAGAAAUGCUCCUGAUCAGUUCAUUCUUCCAGUUCAGGACGUUGUCUUCAUAUGUUCUCAGUUUCAUUUAGGACAGAUCUCUUUUUGAAAAAGUUUUAAUUUGCAAGGAUGUAGUUUACAGUAGAUUUUUAGACUUGGAGGGAGUAGUUUGGUACCCUCUAGUGGAUAUUUAGAGCAUUAAUGGAAACUCAAUGGUGGAAAUCAGAUGCAAUUCUGUCUAAUAGUAAAACUACACAUUAAUGUAGUUUUUCCAUUACUCCACGUUAAGAGUGUUUUUUUUUUUUUUCUUUGGAGAUGAAUAAACAUUUUUUUC